UCAUGACAACAGGAAUUCCGACAACCAUUCGCAUACGCAGAGUAGAAUUGACAGUAGGGAGGCAGAAUGGCAAAACAUAAAUACGUGAUAUAUGACGCAGGAGAUAAAGUAGAUGUUGCUUCCGAAGGGGACAUACCCCCACCAAGGGAUCUGGUUGAGCAGAUGUACUGCUCUGAACAGAUUCACAUCCCACCAACCUUUCCUUAUAUUCUGCGUCAGUACUGCAAGGCAGCUAUCCGCACACAGCCAUAUGAUCUGCUAAAAUGGUCAACUGCUUAUUUCCGUGCAAUGGCAGAUGGAGAAAUACCACCUGUUAAACACCGACUUGAAUACCCACCCACUGAUGUGCCCUCAGGGCUGACACCUGGGUAUCUGAGGGUAAUACUGAGGCAGUUAAAGAGGAAAAAAGUUAUCCCAACAGAGCUGCUGUAUAAUAAGUGGGGAGGAUUAUGUCUGAACCAUAAUGCCUUGAAGGUGAUGCUGGAAAUAGGAGAGUUCACUGAUGAUGAAGUAGAUGUUUUGAAAUUUGUGGCAAUUGCAGCUGGCCAUCUCACACAUAACCUGAAACAAACAAUGAUAGUCAUAUGUGAAAUACUGACUGAAGAACCUGAAGGUGGGUCAGCUAUGAUUCCAUUCUCAACAUUUUGUGACCUUUAUACAUAUCUUGCAAAAAAAGACUGUGGGCCACCAUCUGCCCAUAAACCUGAUGUCAAGGAAACAAUUCAAGCAGAAGAGGAAUCAGAGGAAACUGAAGCUGAAGACAAAUUACACAAACAACAUGCAGAGGACAUAAUCACCGAUAUUGUAGGAACUGUUGUAUCUGUUACAGGAGAUGAAGAACAAACAACAGAAAAUGUUACUGGAGCAGAUGUUCAAGGAGAAGGUGAGCAGGAACAGAGCCCAGAGUUAUCAGAAACAACCAUUGGUGAAAUGCAAAUGUCUGGCAGUAAAGAUCUUGAAGAUACAGCAGAAGUUCAUGAAGAGAGUGUUCACAUAACAGAAACAAAAGGAGAAAAUGGUAUGGAUAAUAUGCAUCCAGAUAAAGAAAGCAGUCCUGUAGAAGUUGAGAGGACUACUUCAGUGAAAUUUAAGGAACCGGUACAUGCAGGCAGUAUAAACACAGAGGAAGACGUUUCAUUAUUAUCUGAUGAGUCCAGUCCUGCCACAGUGCCAGAAGAAAAGAGUUCUGAACCAGAAGAAAAGAGUUCUGAACCAGAAGAAAAGAGUUCUGAAAAGAUUGCAAAAGAAACUGUUAAAGAAGUUGUACGUAGAGCAGAAGUUGCUGCUGAAGCAAAUCAAGCCGAAAUUACAGCUGCCCAAUUUGUGAUUAAGGUUAAGUCAGAAACAGUGUCAAGGAAAGUUCGUACGCAACGGAAAGCACCCAAGAAGACACUGAAACCCUCCCACAUGCAUCAUGAAGUACCUGGCAUUGGGCCUCCAGUCUCAGAUGAACAAAUAGACAAAGUUAUUACAUAUUUGCAUUACUGGUCUGCACGACAAGAAGGAAUGAUUAUGCCACGCAACAUAAAUCAUUUCCUUUGCCCAUCACUUGAUCCUCCUCCACCUCCAGAAUUUAUAGAGGCAUCGCUACCAACGUGCAUCUGUGGCAUAGGAAAUCCAAUGGCCUCCGAGUGCCAUUGCACAGCUGCUUCUGACAACUAAUCAAUUUAAAACCAUCAGUGUUUGUGGGCAUGUGCAUGCUCACCAGUAAUUGCUUCUAACAGUGCUUUUUACCAGUGAUAUUGUCAUUUCAGUACUGUAGUUCUUCAAAAGUUCUUCAACUGCUGUUUCACUAGCAAUUUUAUAGUAAAUGUGUUAAGCUUUGGUAGAUUGAUCAUAAGGGUCUGAAGCUCACCAUUGCCUUUGACUGCUGAUCAUACACCCAGCACAAUAUUGACCACAAUGCUCAUCACCUCCUACAAACUUAAGCAAAUUAUCUUUCAUUAUUUUCAAAUAAUUUACACAGUGAUUAGCUUUUUGCUAUUACAUGUACAACAAAAGAACCUAAGGUAAUAAAUAGCCUGAUAUUCAACAGAGAGUCCCUCUUUAAAAAUUUUUUGGAUGUAACUGCUUGCAGCAAAACAAUGUUUGAAUUUUACACCAAAUCACACACGUCAACAGUGUUUACCAUUUUGCCAGCUGGAUCAUGUUUCUAUGCCUUCAACUUCUGCUCUAUGGUGUAUUACCAGUAAAUUUUACUCUCACUUAAGAAAAAUAGUGGCUUGCUGUUUGUCCACAGUAAGAAGACAGUUUUUACUGGUGUUAACUGUGGAGAAGAAAAUCGGCACUAGUUGGAAAAUAUUCAUUUGUCUCCAAGCACUGCCAGUGUUUCUGCAUGUAUCACCUCUGCUUCCACGUAAGCACAAAACGGGGGAAAUUGUGCCAGCACUCAUUGUGUGAAGAAGUUAAUGCUACUGUCCCCUCACUGGUUGUCUCCCACUGGCAGUCCUAAUGCAGGGGCAAGGCAUACCUCCCACAGUUCCCAAAGGGCAUCGAGUGAAGGGUAAUCAUAUCAUGUCAAACAGUAUGUGUGCUAAAUCAGGAAAUUAAGUCAAGGAGAACAAACAUCCAGUAUAUAUGCAUAAACUAAUUGGCAAGAUCCUCAUUUCAGGUACCUAAAUCAUAUUCACAGGACGAAGGAGAAAAGUAUACUUCAGUCACCUGUUCCAGUAACGUUGCAAAGUGAUUUUUAAAGAGCUCAGAAUAUACUUUUGUAUCCUUUUCAGUUUCUGAUAGAGCUGAAGAGUAAGACAAAUGAGAACAUCAGAAAGGAUUUCCACAUCUACAUCCAUACUCUGCAAACAAGUGUGAAGUGCAUGCAAGUGUGUACUGUCCAUUGUACAAUGAAUUAUAGUUUCCUUUUCAUUCCAUUUGCAUAUGCAGGAUAACUACUUAAAUGAUUCUGUACACAGUGUAGCUAGACUGAUCCUGUCUUCACGGUCUCUGUGGGAGAGCCCUGUAAGGAGCUGUAGUAUUACCAUAAAUUACUCAUUUAAUACUACUACUUCAAAGAUAGUAAGUAGGCUUUCAUGGGUUAGUUGAUGUGUUUCUUUAAGUGUCUGACAGUUCAAGUUUUUUUCAUAAUUUUUCCAAGUCAAACAAACCUUCUAUAUCACCUGUUAGUUCUCUUUAGUGCAGGUCCUAUACCCUUAAGCAGUAUUAUAGCAUAAGACACAAGAGUGUUUUGUUAACAAUCUUCUUUUAGACAGACUGCAUUUUUCCAGUACUCUAUGAAUUAACUGGAGUCUGCCAGCUGUUUUAUCUGUGAGUGACCCUGUGUGAUUAUUCCAUUCCAUAGCCUCAAAAAUUGUUACACCCAGAUAUUGGCAUAAGUUGACUGAUUCCAUUUGUGAAUCACUGAUAUUGUAGUAACAGGGUACUACAGUUUUAUGAAGUGCACUAUUUUACAGUUAUGAACAUUUAAAGUAAGCUGCCAAUCUUUAGACCACUUAAAAAUAUUAUCAAGAUCACAGUGAAUA